UUUUCAUUUGUUUCGUGUUGUUUAUUUAAAUUUACAUUGACCAUUUUAUUCGUCGUAAAUAACUUUUGAAAUAUAUAACAUCCAGAUUUCGUUUGAUGGGUUCAAUAUCUGCUCUGUAAUUGUAUACCGAAAAUGUCUCAAGAUUCCGGAUGCAUCAGUACUUUCUUCGAUAGUGAUUUGAACACCACAGGCAGCCCAGACAGACUGUCACUGUCAUCGUUCACAGAAACUUCUCAAGACAUCAGUCAGACUUCAACAGACUCAAUUUCAGACUUGAGUUUAUCACAACUGACAAUACAAGAGCCAGAACCUCUAAAUAUUCAACCGUUUUAUAACCUAACGCCACGACCAUUGCCCCAGUCACCGCACUACGUCAUCGAGGAAGAUUUCUCAUCAAACCCCUGGGCUUUAUUAGUAGCAACAAUUUUUUUGACAAAAACUUCGGGUAAAAUUGCUAGGCCGUAUAUGAAAAAAUUCUACGAAGAAUAUCCGACUCCGUAUCACGUAUUAAAUGAUCCACCAGCUACAUUCGAGAAAUUUUUCGAAAAUCUCGGACUAAAGAAAAGAGGUCGCAUUAUUUGGAAAUUGAGUUAUCAGUUUGUUUCUGCUAAAUGGCGACGAGCAAGCGAUCUAUGUGGGAUCGGAAAGUACGGUGAAGAUGCUUAUAGGAUAUUUUGUUUAGGUCAUACGGAUGUAGACCCUGGGGACAGAUAUUUAAGGUUGUAUUUAGACUGGCUGAGAAGACAUACCGAGUUUAUGGAAGACAAUAGCGUGACGGAUAGCGAACACGUAAUCGAAGAUCCGGUUUUGAACUAUUAUAGAAUUACUUUGCGAAAUUGUGUUUAGUGUAGUGUAAAUAACAUGGCCCUAGACUUAUUUUACAUAUGAUUGCAUUAUCUCAAAUAUUGUGCUUAUAUACAAAUAAUAAUAUUAGGUAUAUAUUGAAAAAGUGCGAACAUACACAAGUUUGAAAGUUUUUUUUAAUAUAUAUUUAAUUCAUUUUUUUUAAUUAUUAUCAAUAAAUAGUCAUUAGUAAAUUCAAUUUAACUUCAAUUUUAUAUUGAGUAACUAUUAAUAAACAAUCAACGUUCUUUUUUCUUUGUAUAAUGCCAUUAAUUAAAGUGGUUUGCAGCUAAUAAAAAAAUACUGGGAAGUACAGCCUAGCUUGAUUGUAAUGAGGGGUUAAGUAAAAGAAGUUUUUUUUUUUUUUGUAAUACCACGUCAUACAAUUUUAUUAUCAUUUUAAUUAUGUUUG